AUGAGAAGCUCAAUUGCAACCUACCUGCGCCAUGGCAGAACGUCCGAACGCCUUGGCAGCGUGCUGCCGUUGCAGCGACGCCUUCUGACGUCUUCCCACGCAAAGCUUGCCGUUCCUCAGCUCAGUGACAUACAAAGGAAAGAUGUCGUUAUCAUGGCACUGCGCACCGCGAGACGGUGGGUGUCGUCUUCACCACCACCUGCCGCACCGCUGUCACCACCGGCUCCCGCGGGUAACUUGAGCACUGGCAGUGAAAACAAUUCAGGUCCAAUGCCUGCCACCUCUCACAGUGGUGCACAUCGUGUAGAUGCACACCUUGUGACGCAGUUUGCCGCACCAGUGAAGUCGAGAGCAUCGAGAGUCCAGCGCUGUAUCAGCCACCGCCGGCGACGACAAUUUCACGGCGCCACGACAUGUGGGGAGUCGAGCACCAAGCGUAUCGAGGCCGCCACGUCAGUCAACGCGUCAGGUGCCGAUGUUCCACUGACUGCGAACGGCGACGCUUGUAUGCGUCCAGCACCGUCAUGUUCUUCACCGCCGCUACACACAGGUGCGAGUGAGCCGCACUUUGCGAUGUCGCCAGUGCAGCAGCGAAUGUGUCAGCUUAUUGGCACCGGAGCGUGGCGCGAGGCGCUGGAGGUACUCUGCUUCCACGAGCAAGAAGACACCGCCGCCAGACAACAUGUGCAAGCAUCAUGGGAAGCUUCGUCAGCAAGUGGUUUGUGUCGCCGCAGAUCCAGUGCGCUGACGGCUUCUGAGGACACUGACGGGGGCGUGGAGGCUCCUUUGAUCUUCGUAUCACUGCAAGAGGCAUCUGUUUGGCUUCUGCUGUGGUGCGGCUACAGCACGGCUGCGUGGCAGGCGUGGUGGCGCACUAUGCACCCUGUCACGUCUCCGCGGCUGGUGCUAUUGCUCGCCCUUUUCACCCACGUUGUGGAACGCGAUGCGAUGCGCACGCGUGACUUGCUGCUUCUUUUCGAGAUGGAGAGUGGCCGUGCCACCACUCCCGCGAGCGCUAUCAGCAAUGGUCAGAUGUGCGAGGAGAACCCUACGUCGCCUAUGCGUGUGUGGUGGCGUCUUCUCUGGCAGUGGCUGUGGUGCUGCAACGAGUGCACCGCCUCGAGUAAGAGUCCGUCGCAGGUCCACCGUCGACGUCUUGCCUCUUUCCUGGAGGGGGCAGUGGAGCAGCUGACCAAGUGCGUAUUUGCGAGCUCUGUGACUCCAACGGGACAUCAUAUGGGCACAAUGGCAGAGACAGUGGCGCUGCUGCUGCUGGUGCUUCGUGACAUGCACUGUACAUGCGACGAGUGGCAGCGUAUGUGGACGGAGGUGCUCACCGCGGUCUGCGAGGGUAAACCAAUGCAAAGCAGCAGAAACAGCCUCCGCAGUGCCCCCACGCCGCUCUCGAGAAGAAAUGCGGUGCGUUCACUCUUGUUGUCGACCUCUACGUGUGCGUUGAUGGGCAAGACCGUCAAAUCCGCUCUCUGUGACGCUUCCUCGACGCCGAACAACGUUGGAAGGGAUAAUGGUGAAAGGGCAGAAGAACUAAGUCACGUGCACCUGAGGAAAAUAUUCAGCGACGCAGAGCAUGACUUAAAGCGUCUUCGCAGCCACUGCAGCCCUGCCGUUCCAGCAGACAGUAGAAAUGCGUUGGAAGCCUUCCGCGUGUGGCACGAGCGGAUUGUAGAGAGUGAGGGUCUUGGUAGCACCUGGGCAGCACUGCGCCUAGCACUACACCCGCCGCCAACGGAGCCGCGGGCUUUUAGUCUGGAUCAGCCCACUGCACCGGACCGCGCAGCUCGCGUAUCGCUUCAACGACUGCUGCGGCGCAUCGACAACGCCACGUCGCGAGGCGACUGGAUCACAGCAUUGCAGCUUUGCUUGAGCCACGGCGUUCGUGAUGGUCUCCCCUACAAUAAGGACACGGAAAGUUUGGGUGUAGAGACCCAGGACUUGAUCAGCGAGGCGAAGGGCCCUUCUCGCUGUCGCCUGUUCACGCCCACACCCACGCCGGUAGACGCAUUCCCGUUUGUUCACCGACUUAGCAAGGGCCUCGUCGCGUGCGAAGUGGCCAGGCCAUUUGGUGCAUCGUGGCAGGGUGCUCUGGCCCUGUGGAACUUUGCUCGGCAGUACUCCUACCACCAGGUGGAACAUGCAUCUCCACCCGACAUCGCUGUCACUGCAGGGGCGACGUCGGAGCCGUUGCGCAUUGGCCCCCAUCCGCCAGGGUCUGCACGGACGUCGUUGUCGCUGAGACACGCACUUGGACGCAUUUUCUUCCUCCUCGCGUCGGCCAGCCGUUGGGCAGAGGCGCUGGCGUGCUUUCACGAGACCCCAGACGUCUACCUCGAUGGCUUUGUUGUGUCACAGGUUGCGUACGCCCUGCGCCGCUGUCCAUCACAAAAUAGAGCCGUUUUGGACUUGUGGGCUAUGUGGCGGUGCCGCGUAGGCGAUGCCGUGGAUCCGACGGAGAGCAUGACGCACAAGCUGUUGUUAGCGAUGCUGCAGGCGUCAGCCACGGCGACCUCUCCAGUGGCCACCUUGUCUUCCACAUCUUUUCAGUCACCGGCCAUGGUCGCGGAGAAGGUGGCCACUGCGGUACUCGUAGCCGCAGCAGACAGGUCUCCUUCCACGCCUGCCAUGCCGGUGCCGGAUGGGCAGUGCGCCGUCGCGAUCCCUGGUACCGCGGUACCACUGAAUUGGUCGCGGCAGCGUCAUGUCAUCCGCAGCAUCAUUAACGAUCGCUGGGUGGGCAGUUGGGCUGACGCGCUUAGUGUGGCACUUGCAAGCGGUGAUGUGUCUCUGCUGCUGCACACCGUUCUACGACGUGUGCCGCCGGUACACGUACCAAAGUUGUACUCAAGCGUGCGGCGAGCACUGCAGGUGAAGGGUGUCGUCCUGUCGUCCGCCGAGCGGGCGGCCCUUCUGGCGUUAUGCGGUGAAGGGCGGAAGUUGCGGCUCAUCGGCAACCCUGACGUGAGUGCUGGAGAAGCCACCUUUCCCAGUGGUGAGGCUGUGCCAUCAAUCGGUGAGAGCGGCGGUGCCCACCAGCAUGUAUUGAACACAGAGGCCUUCCUCGACGAGCUGCUCGGUGUUGACUAG